CACAAUUUUCUAUCAACUCUACUACUCGUCUACUCCCCAUCUCUCUCUCUUUCAAUUAUGACUCAGCUUGAUUCCGAAUCACUAAAUUCUACUAACUCCCUCGGAAAUAACGACCGGAAAAUCGUAUGCGAAACCCUAGCAAUAGCCGGCGCCGGCGUCCCACCAGAAGAGCUUCCACCGGACUUCCCACCGGAAUCAUUCUGCUUGUCAAAAGAAGCCGAACUCGAUUGGUUUGAUCGUAACGCAUUUCUGGAACGUAAAGAGUCUGGUAAAGGUAACAGUUCACAUUCAAUGAAUGUAUCUUCGAAUUUGAAUUCGAGCUCGCAACGAGUACCAUUGACUUUAAAAACAAAAACUACUUUUUUCGGAUUACCGAAAAGCAGUAGCUCCGUUGAUCCGAAGAGAAAAACAUGUAAACCAGUGAAUAUACGUUUUUUUCCGACGAAACGGUCUGAAUCGGCGUUGAAAGCGGUUGCUGAACCGGAACCAGUAUCGCCAAAGGUUUCAUGUAUGGGAAGAGUGAGAUCGAAGAAAGGUCGUAAAGGAUCAGCAUCAUGUGAACCGGGUUCAACGAAAUGUGAGAUAUCUACAUUACAGAGAUCAAAGAGCAGUAAAGCGCCGCCGGUUAAAAGGAAAAUCAGAAUUUAUUCACGUGUACUUUCAUUGUUGGGAUUCAGUCGAAGGAACAUCAAACCGGUAAUGGCUAGUACAGAGAAAAUGCAUGAUUUCGUACCUGAAGAAGAACCGGUUCAGCAUAGAAAGAGUAAUGCCUUGUGUGAUGAACCGGUUCAGCGUAGAAAGAGCAAUGCCUUGAGAAUUGCGGUGAGUGAUGAACCGGGAACCGGUCCAACCGGUUUAGGAGGGAUGAUGCGGUUCACAUCGGGCCGGAGAUCGGAAUCAUGGGCCGCCGAGGAGAUAGAUACAGUGUUGUCGGAGUUGGGUUCAGAUCGGAAAGUGGUGGGGGUCCACUAAUGGAAGAAAUUGAAUUUCCAAGUCAAUUAGCGCGGUAAAAUUGACUUUGAAAGGUUGUUAAUCCGACGUGGCAGUAAAAUUUACGAUAUUUUUACUUUUUUUUAUUGUUCUUAAACCAAUAUAUUUUUUUGUUUUCAAUUUUUGUUGGUUUAAUUAGUUAUGUGAGAAUUAUAAUGUAAAUUUUUCUUGAACAAAGUAGGUAGUAUUAUCCAUAAA